GUCUCGCCAUGUCUGUAUGGGAUGGAACGAGGCAAGCCUUUAAUUAAAAGAUCAACAUGUCUGUCACACAGGAGGAUGGUAACGUAGUGAAGCGGACUUGCACCGUGCACAUUCAUCUUAAAGUUUUCUUUGCUAAAUAUUUCCAUAUAUCACCCAUUUGUUGUCAAAUGACACCAACCUUAAUUCUGCUGUCAUCUUGCUUUGCCCAAAUUCGUACUAAUUUGUGUUUGGACUAGAAAGCUACAACACAGGGUGUCCCACAAGUACAUUUUUAUUUCAGGUAUCGUUCAUAUCAAUGUUAAGACUUCAGAAUUUGAUAGUUUUGGGGUAUGCAGUUUUUCACAUCAUACGAUUCGUCGUAUCGUUGCUAGCCAAGUGACAUUGAAGUUGCAAAAUUGUCACCUGUUUUUCUCUUUCUUCAGUUCUGUGGCAGUUUGAGAAGUUUGAGAAGCUUUUUGGCCAUCGCGCCGCUCUAGCAUGAGGAAACCGGAAUGCCCGCAGGAAACCCACGCAGGCACGGGGAGAACAUGCAAACUCCACACAGGCGGGUUCGGGAUUGAACCCGGGACCUCAGAACUGUAAGGUCAACGCUUUCCAGCUGUACCACCGUGAGGGCAACUCAAAAUAUGUACCCCAGACUUGCGUAAUUCCUGUGAUGAGUUCAGCACGAACCCUUUGGACGCUAGGACCGUGUGGAGAGGCAACGCUGAGGUCCUCCCUGCAACCAUGAGAAGGAGGAGAGGAGGGGGAGAGAGGAGAGUGGGCUGCCUGCCUGCCUGGCGUCUUUGCUCACAUUCCCAUCAGCAUCUUUUGGACGCGACCACGUCCGCGGUCGACCAGGAUGCACAACGCAGAAGAAGGGACGAAGGCGGCUGCGUUCAGCGCCGGCACAUGACGCUACUUGAGUGGGAGAUGCACCACAUUCUCAUCCUUCAACCCAAAACCAGUAGCAGUGUGAGGAAAUAUUCUUAUGCAGGUGUGCUGGCAAAUGUGAGGAUUUUAUCCAUGAAAAGGGUUGUUAAAAAGCUCCCCGACCAUCGGACCAGCCGCCUGACGACUGCGGGGCAACCCCCCGCCUACUUCCCGAGCCUCCGUCGUCCGACCGCACUUCCUGGCUGUGAAGGAUGGGUGAUGGGCCAGUGACGGACCCUGCCUGCCCUCCUCGUCCCAACCUCCGAUGGAGUCAAUGUGGAACUCCUCCCGCCGGCCUCCGGAGCUCCCGUCCAACAUGUCUACCUCCGCUCUGGCUGAGGGCUGGCCUCCGUCCCAGUGGCUAGCCCUGGCGGCCAUGCUGCUCAUGGAUCUGCUCGCCGUGGUGGGCAACGUGGCCGUCAUGGCGGUCAUCGCCAAGGUCCCGCAGCUCCACAAGUUUGCCUUUGUCUUCCACCUGUGCUUGGUGGACCUGCUGGCGGCCUUGGUGCUGAUGCCCCUCGGCAUGAUCUCCGGCCGAGCCUUUUUCGGGGAGGCCCUGUGCCGGAGUUACCUCUUUCUCAGCGUGUUCCUGGUCAGUGCCGCCAUCCUCUCCAUCUCGGUCAUCAACGUGGAGCGCUAUUAUUAUAUCAUACACCCCAUGCGCUACGAGGUGAAGAUGACCGUCGGCCUGGUGGUUUCAGUGCUGGCGGGGAUUUGGGUCAAAGCCUUGGCCAUGUCUGCUUUGCCGCUGCUCGCCUGGAUCCUGCAAGGCACGAGGACUCCUCUUCUGGAGGCUAGCGGGGGAGGCGGGAGCAUCCCAUCUCCUCCCGUACAGGGUCAGAGGCGCUGCUCACUCCACUGGACGGGGGGUGGCUCGAACCGCCUGGCGUUCAUGGUCCUCUUCACGCUGCUUUACUUCCUCUGUCCGCUGCUGGUCAUUUUCGUGGUGUACUGCAACAUGUUCAAAGUGGCCCGGGUAGCCGCCAUGCACCACGGGCCACUCCCCACUUGGACGGACACGCCUCGUCGUCAGAGGUCGGAGUCGCUCAGUAGCCGCUCCACGAUGGUCACCAGCUCUGGGACGGGGACUGGGACCGGAAGGGAGACCCCGGCGCGGGCCUUUGGAGGAGGGAAGGCGGCAGCGGUGUUGGCGGCGGUCGGCGGCCAAUUUCUGUGCUGCUGGCUGCCCUACUUUGCUUUCCAUCUGUAUUCUGCCCUGGCUGCCAGCCCUCCGGCCGCGUUGGCGUCUCUGGAGGAGGCAGUCACCUGGAUCGGUUACUUCUGCUUCACCUCCAACCCCUUCUUCUACGGCUGUCUCAACAGACAGAUCCGGGAGGAGCUGGGCAAACAUCUCCCGUGCCUGUUUCGCCGAGCGGGGCUGGAGGUGGAGGACAGGCUGCCCAGCCGCGAAGGCUCCAUCGAGGAAAAUUUCCUCCAGUUUCUUCAGGGCACCGGCUGCAACUUGGAACCUCAGAACUCGCACAGCACCUCCAGUCCCAAGGGGGAAGCCUGCCGCCCCCUGGCUCAGUCCCAAGCGUCUGAGCCAGUUCAUCCACUACCUGUUGAUUUUCGUAUACCCGGACAGAUCGCUGAGGAGACAUUUGAAUUUAUCGAGACGGAUCAGGUGAAAAACAACCACAUAGAAACAGACCCUUAAAUCUUUUUUUUUUCAGGGGUAAUUGCAUCGAAGACAUCAUGAAAGGUGUUUUAUAACAUGCUGUGACAUUAUUGUCAAAUGAGCGCAAAUAGCAGAUGCAUAGAAUAUUUUGCAUAUUUUUACAAACAUGCAGAUUUUCAGUUUUGAAUGUCACAAAGAGGUUUACCUAGUCUGGUAUUUUGGUUACCUCAAAAUAUUAGCUGUGAGCUGAAUAAUAAUCAUUUAUUUUAUUGGUACGCUGCAGUUUACAGCACUCCAAACUAGCAAAUAGUUAAAUUUAUACCUCGCUGACUGUAUCUGAGCAUUAUCUUUUAAAACAGCAGAAGUUUUGAAACCGUUCUUCAAUUAGAUCGCCUUAAAGUCCCUGUAAAGUGAAACUAUCUUCUCAAGUUGACACAGCACAGAGAAGACUGUUGGUAAAGACUGCAAAAUUUCAGUGAUGAAAAAAAAAUCAAGUAUAUAAAAUGAGACUGCAAAAUCGAGAAAAAUGAAGACCUUCUCACUGCUCUGGAAUCCUUUGGGCGUGUCCACUGGAAGUGGUCAAUUUCAACAAAACCAUGUACUGCUCAACUGUCAAUCAACUACCACUAAAAUUGGAUGCUACAUCCUUUAAUAUCCUUCUACACCCACAGAAAAUUAUAUUCUCGGUGUGAAAAUAUAGCCACUUAUAGCUUUCUGUGUGUGGAAUGUAUCCCUCUUUUCCAUACCAGGACAACGGACCACUCCAAAGCGGACAAGCUAGCAUAAAGCCCUGUCGACCUUCUGGCUGUCAUGUCAGAUUUAUGUUUUUUUUUUCUUUUGCCUCACGCUUCCUGGUUCUCUCUGUGUUGUGCGUGGACUCAUGGCUGACAAUGAGGCGCUCUAAAGCAGCCUCGCCAGCAGGCUAUCCGAAGGGAAGUUGCAUUUUCCGAGUAUUGGCGAAACCAGCUAGCUAACGGGACAUCACAUUAAUGUUGAAAAAACGCUGCUGCAAGUGUGUUUCGCCAGUUCUAAUAUAUAGGGGAGGGGCCAACUCAUACUGGACUCUAAAGUGAGUCAGGUGGGGCCGUUUUAGCCAUGUCCAAAGGAAUCGGGAGAAGUGAAACGGUCAAAAGGAGUUUAUAGCUGUAUCUCCACAGCUGUGUAGGCCAUAGUUCUCAGUCUUUGGACAUUUUCAACAAUUAUCUUCAAAAAUGUUCCGUAUUACUGUAUGUAUUUCGAAAUGGAUUCACUUUACAGGGUCGUCUUUAAAAUUUGCAGUCGUGGCCAGUCGACGUAGUUCUCUAGAUUGUAUUGCACUUUGCCACAUUAGUUUUCCUCAAAAUUUUUGAAAAUGUGUGAAAAUGAACACGUAUUAAAACUAAGACUUAGACAAAGAUUGAACCUUUUCAAAAGUUUAGGCAAUAGGGAAAUUAAUUUUUAAUCGUUGCUAAAUAAUUUUUAAAAAAGGCCGCAUUUUUGCAGGAUUUUCAAAUCCGUCCAAUGAAUGACAAGAAUCUUUGAAAAACGUUUUUCCCUUAUGCCGGUCUCAAAGUAGACAUCAAGCGGAGAUGUUUGCCUUUAAUCAUUAGCGCUCUAAAUUUCCUCAAAUCAGCCCAGCACAGAUUGUGCAACCCACUUCUCAUGAAAUUGCUGCAGUUUGCUGUUUUAUUGUUUGUUUGAUUUCAUUUCGAUCAGUGAGCCGGACUUGUUCUGAACUCAUCUCGCUUGGCGACGUAUUAGAAAUCGAGCCUAUCUCGAUGCACAGCAUUUGAUCAGUAUUGUUACAUUCUUUUCAAUUGUUUCACCUGCUAAUUUAUGUGUGUGGUAGACUCGUAAGUGUGGUUUUGUGUAUAUCGUACCGCUUGACACGACCUUUUUAAUUUUUUUUAUCUGUGGGUGUUCAGUACAUGUUUUGAAUUUGAUUUCAAGGAGCCUGGAAUGUUUUGAACCAGCUGCCGCCUUCUUUGUGAGUCGUGGAGAUUGUCAUCAUGGAGGAGAAAUGUAUUUAGUUUCUUUCUUUUCCCUCAUCAGGUUUUCUGUACAUGAUAAACCUUGAAUUGUGAUAAAGAAAUGAUCGAAAGAGCGGGUGCUUCACUACCAUGGAUACAGGGUUACCAAAAUAUUCUGUGAGAGGUCUCAAAUUAGGAAUGAUGUACAUCGUGUAUUAACAUUCCAAAUUGUGAAUGACGUGGAUUGUUUACAACAGGGAGUUUAUUUUUAAUUUGAUUUUAUAUAUCGUCUUUAAAGUGAAAGAAUAGGCUGCAUGCGUGUAGAAGAUACACAGCUAAAAGUUCAGCGAGAGCUACGGUUGUAAU